UGUUUGAUGCCAAUUGUCUUAUUAGGGACAUUGUACCGCGAUGGCCUGGUGCUGUCCAUGAUGCCAGAAUACUCAGGCAAAGCGGCUUACAUCAAAUCAUGGAGCAGAACAUUGUCCAUGACCAACACCAAUAUCUCCUGGGAGAUUCAGGUUAUCCGUGCAAGAGAUGGCUUCUGACUCCAUUCAUGAAUCCGGCUGAUGAGCACCAGCUGAUUUACAACAGGGCACACAAACGUACGAGAUCUGUGGUUGAGCGCUCCAUAGGGAUUUUGAAAAGGAGAUGGGCGAUUCUGCACAAUGAAAUUAGAUUGCAUCCAUUAAAGUCAUGCAAGGUGAUUUUGUCAUGUGCUGUAUUGCACAACAUAUGCAACAUGCGAAAUCUGCCAAUGGAUCCUUUGGACAUAGAUGCCUUACCAGAUCAUCCUGAAAAUUACCAUGGAAAUGAAGAUGGCCUUCGUUACAGGAAUGUAGUAGCAAAUACAUUUUUUUAGAUCAUAUGUGUCGUGAUCUGAGAAAACUAGGCAUAAUGCAUGUGCGUAAAGUGUCAUCCCAGAUUAGCCCAGAUAUUGCAGUCCACACAGAAUAAUCAGGGACUACACUUUACGCCUAAAUUGGAUUUUUGCUAAGAAGAGACUUCAUUUAAACGAAAAAUGUAAAAGCGAGAGUGUGGACUGCACAGGCUUAUCUGGGACGUCACUUGACCCACAUGCAUUAUGCCCAGUUUUCUCAGAACGCAACUCAUAUUCACAUUGAAUAAGUCAUGUUUUCAGACCUGUUAAUUCAAAUGACUUGCAUUUUUAAUUGAAACAACUAUUUAAGCUUUUAGAGCAUUUUAAACUUACUAAAGUUACUGUAUACAAUUUUUCCAAAAAUCACAAGAAAUACACAAUGAAGAUGAAUUUCAUGUAACUCUUUAAUAUAA